AUGGCAGAAUCAACCUCAUCUAUCAAAACCAACCUCACUCACUCUGGACUUCUCCCACUCGACGCACAAGGAAAGCCUAUCAAACCAUGUUGUGCCUGUCCCGAAACCAAAAAGCCUCGCGACCAGUGUAUUUUUGAUAAAGGAGAGGAGAAUUGUCAAGAGUUGAUCAAAGCACACCUUGAGUGUAUGCGAAAGUUAGGAUUCAAGGUUUAA